CCCCACUUCAGUUUCUGUUCUUAUCUUAAAACAUCAUAUCCAUAAUUACGACAAACGAAACGACGCAGUAUUAAGGUUACUCUCUCUCAAACUCUCGUCUCCUAAAUGGGUCUUACCCCAACUGCAACCCUACUCGUCGCUGUUUUCGCGUUUUGCCUCGUCGCUGUAACGGCGCAGUUCGCCUACGUUUUGUGGUGGAAACGUCGGUUCCGUCGUCGGAGUAUCGCCGGAUCAGAACGCGACGCUUUUUCCUCUCGCGGUGGUGACCUAACGGCUACACCACCGCCAUCGAAAGAGCUUCUUUACUUCUUCUUGUUCUGUCUCGAAAACAAACAGUUCAGAAUAGGAUCUGCCACCGCUCCGCCGCUCCCUGCAGCCGCACCGCCGGUUAAUGACGUGGCAUCAAAGUGGUCAAUAAACGGAGAAAAUUUACUUUGCGGACCUUCGGAGACUUUGUUUACCAUCGCUGAAGACUAUACUAGCGAGUCCGAUCAUCGGACGGGUGAGAUUGAUCCACGUGGAAGCAUCUUUACAGAGGAUCAUGUAAAGGAUGAUGAAGUGGAAGAGGAGGUAGUCGCGACGGAUAUAAGCGACGACGAGGUUGACUUUAGCCACUAUAAUCAAACUACGCCGUUUUCUACUCCAUGUGCUUCCCCACCGUUUUACACGCCGUCUCCUUCUCCGAUUCGUGAUGAUCUCUCUAAGACGGUACGUGAGGAGAGUGUGUACGGCUGAGAUAGGUUUAGUUCUCCGAUUAGCCGGGGAUAUUGACCCGGUCAAAGAUACGGUGUCAAAGGAAUGGGUUAUUAUAUAUUAGUUUCUAAUUUUCUAUCAAGUUUGGUUUCUUAUUUUCUAUCAAGUUUGGUUUCUUAUUUAACCGUGAUCUAACCAAAUUAUAAAUCAAACGGAAACCUUGUUGUAAAUUUGUAACUUGUAUAUGGGAUUAGGUUCUGUUGAUUUCAUGAUUUGUUCUUUCAUUUUUUUUUUCUCUGUUCGGUUUUAGUUUGAAUUUGAAACCAACAGAAGAGACUCAGAUGUAUGUUCUAUAGACAACAAAAAGGGAGAGAACUAAUCUAAUCGCUGCCGUAAUGUCUUGUGUCCAUUUUGUGCGUUUGAAAAGCCUCGUGAGGUUUAUUGUACCAUUUCAACUUAACGGCCCAAAAUGAACUUCUAAGGCCCAACUGUUUUAACUAUUUUACGGUCAUGACAUUCGUUGAGUAGUCGAUUUUUUUUUUUCUUUACUAUUAGUUUUUACCUACCAU